CCCCGGCCCCACCUCCUUGGCAACCAAAGGGACGCGUUCUCCUUAGCAACCAGCGCGGUUCCCACCAUGGCUGAAGUAGACGAAGCUGCUGCCCCGACGGAGAAAGUUAUCCGGAUCCAGAGGGUGUUUAUAAACCUGCUGGACUCGUACAGCAGCAGAAACAUCGGGAAGUUUCUUUCUAACUGUGUUAUCGGGGCUUCCCUUGAAGAAAUUACCGAAGAGGAGGAAGAGGAUGAUGAAAAUAAAUCGGUGCUGCCAGAAGCCUCCUUGGCCAAACUGAAGGAAGGCACGUUCCAGAUUGUGGGCACACUUUCCACGCUGGAAACCCCCCGGCCAAACUUCGCCGUGGAGACCUACUGUGCCAUCUCUCGAGAAGACCUUCUCUUGCGCCUGCUGGAGUGCGAUGUUAUCAUUUAUAACAUCACUGAGAACCCCCAGCAAGUGGAGGAAGCCAUCUGGGCAGUCUCUGCUCUAAACGAAGAAGUCAGCCAUUUCGAACAGCGGAAGGUGUUUAUUUUGGUCUCCACGGUGAUGACCUGGGCGCGGUCCAAACCCCUGGACCCGGAUGAUUCUGAGAUUCCAUUUACUGAAGAGGAUUAUCGAAGAAGAAAGCACCAUCCUAAUUUUCUGGACCACAUAAACGCUGAAAAAAUGGUUCUCAAGUUUGGGAAAAAUGUCAGAAAAUUCGCCACUUAUGUAAUUGCUGCUGGACUUCAGUAUGGAAUGGAGGGAGGCAUCUUACAUGCCUUUUUUAAGCUGGCUUGGUUGGGUGAGGUUCCUGCGUUACCAGUUUUUGGAGACGGAACAAAUGUAAUUCCAGCAAUUCAUGUUCUGGAUCUAGCAGGAGUGAUACAGAACGUCAUAGACCACGUGCCAAAGCUCCAUUACCUGGUGGCUGUGGAUGAGUCAGUUCACACCCUGGAAGACUUCGUCAAGUGCAUCAGUAAAAGUACCGGCCCGGGGAAAAUCCAGAAAGUACCCAAAGAAAAUGCUUUCCUAACCAAGGAUUUAACACAAGAGGAUAUUGACCAUUUACUGGUCAAUUUGAGAAUGGAAGCACUCUUUGUGAAGGAGAAUUUUAACAUUCGAUGGUUCACCCAAGCAGGAUUUGUGGAAAAUAUCAACAGUAUCCUCAAAGAGUACAAGCAAAGCAGAAGAUUAUUGCCUAUCAAAAUUUGCAUGCUCGGUCCUCCUGCUGUGGGAAAAUCCAGCAUCGCCGACGUGUUGUCCAAGUACUACAAACUGCAUCACAUUAAAUUGAAGGACGUCAUUUCCGAAGCUAUAGCGAAACUGGAGGCGAUCGUCACACCUAAGGAUGUAGGGGAGGGAGGAGAAGAAGAAGGUGAAGAGGAGGAAGAGGAGGAGAAUGUGGAGGAUGCUCAGGAGCUCUUGGAUGGCAUCAAGGAAAGCAUGGAGCAGAACGCAGGUCGACUGGAAGAUCAGUAUAUAAUUAGAUUUAUAAAAGAAAAGCUAAAAUCCAUGCCUUGCAAGAACCAAGGUUACAUUUUGGAUGGAUUCCCAAAGACCUAUGAUCAAGCCAAAGAACUGUUUAACCAAGAAGAUGAAGAGGAGGAAGAAGAAGCCAGAGGCAAAAUGUUUCCCUUUGAUAAAUUAAUCAUACCUGAAUUCGUCUGUUCGCUGGAUGCCUCGGACGAGUUCCUCAAGGAGCGGGUGAUGAAUCUCCCCGAAAGCAUCGUGGCAGGGACCCACUACAGCCAGGACCGGUUCCUCCGGGCUCUGAGCAACUACCGGGACAUCAAUACCGAAGAUGAGACUGUUUUCAACUAUUUUGACGAACUCGAAAUCCAUGCAAUACAUAUUGAUGUAGGAAGACUUGAAGACGCUCAGAACAGACUUGCUAUCAAACAGCUCAUCAAAGAGAUCGGGGAGCCUCGCAAUUAUGGUUUAACGGAGGAAGAAAAGGCAGAAGCGGAGCGGAGGGCUGCCGAGGAGCGGCUGGCCAAGGAGGCCAUGGAGGAGGCAGAGCGAGAGCGCAAGGAAGCCAUGGAGACCGCAGAGAAGAUGGCUCGCUGGGAGGAGUGGAAUAAACGACUAGAGGAAGUGAAAAGAGAAGAAAGAGAAUUAUUGGAGGCCCAGUCUGUUCCCUUGAGAAACUAUCUAAUGACCUAUGUUAUGCCAACACUUAUGCAGGGUCUGAAUGAGUGUUGUAAGGUCAGACCCGAUGAUCCCGUUGAUUUUCUGGCAGAGUAUCUUUUCAAGAACAAUCCUGAAACGCAGUGAAACUUUAAAGAUCUCGUGUCAUAUAUACAGAGCUGGAGAUGAGCUUAACACUGUAACUUGACAAAUUACUUGUAAAAAUGCUUUUCCAGUUUUGGGGAAAUUCUUUUCUCUUCUUCCUGCAAGCACAUAUUUUAUUAAGUAGAAUAAGUAUAAAAAGCUCUAUGGCGGCGAGUUACUACUUAAUUACAACCAUACCUGAGAGGUAAAUUGUUCAGGUAUCUGUGCAUAGCUCAUGGGAUAAAUAUUGAUUUAAUAUUGCAUUCUUAGGCUGAGUAUUCUACACACUGAUGUUUAUAGUAAUUUAAUUUAUAGCAUGAAGAAAAUUAGACUAUACGUUAUUCUAACAUGUAAGCUAAUGAAUUUAUGUGACUAGUUAUGGCCCCAAUACCAAUGGUGUUAGAAAUGGAAAUAAAUUAGAACAGUGUAUGCUUUUCUGAGUCACAGUAAGUCGGACAUGAUUGGUUUCUGCAAGGUUGCUUUUUGAGUUCAAGGUUAGCACCCAAUCUAUGAGUCAGAGACAAUUCUAAACCUCUUGGUAGAAAAAUUCAUGUAACAAGAUGAAUAAUUUUUAAUAUCUGUGAUAAUUAGAAAGUUGCUGAAUAUUUUUAACAAACUAACUUUACCAUAUAGGCAUAAACAGUCAAUCCCUAUGGCCUUUUCCAGCCCUGAAAAAUCCCAUAAUUCCCAGAAUUACACUGGAUGAGAAAUCAGUUUAGGUUCAUCUUAAUGGCAUAUAUAUUUCAUUUCUUUAAAUAAUGAAAUCUGGGGGACUUCCCUGGUGGCGCAGUGGUUGAGAGUCCGCCUGCCAGGUGAAGGGGACACACAUUCGAUCCCUGGUCUGGGAAGUUCCCACAUACAGAGGAGCAAUUAAGCCCGUGUGCCACAACUGCUGAGCCCGCAUGCUGCAACUGCUGAAGCCUGAGUGCCUAGAGCCCGUGCUCUGCAACAGGAGAAGCCACCGCAAUAAGAAGCCCACGCACUGCAACUAAAAGUAGCCCCUACUCGCUGCAACUAGAGGAGGCCCCACGCGCAGCAGUGGAGCCACAACACAGCCUAGAGAAAUAAAUUAAUUAAUUUUUAAAAAUAAGGUUAAAUAAUGAAAUUUGAGUAUAACUGCAGUACUUUUUUGUGUGUGGCAAAACAUACACAGCAUAAAUUUACUAUUGCAACCAUGUUAAAGUGUACAAUUCAGUGGCACUAAGUACAUUCAUGAUACUAUCCACUCAUCACCACAGUCUAGCUCCAGAACUUUUCCAUCACCCCAAAUGGAAGCCCUGUACCCAUUAAUCAGUCACUCCCCAUUUUCCCCUCCCCCUAAGCUCCCAGCAAACACUAAUCUGCUUCCUGUCUCUAUAGAUUUGUCUAUUCUGGAUAUUUUAUAUCAAUGGAAUCAUACAAUAUGUGGCCUUUUCUGUCUGGCUUCUUUCACUUAGCAUGUUUUCAAGGUUCAUUCAUGUUGUAGCAUGUAUCAAUACUUCACUCCUUUUUUAUGGCUGAGUAAUAUUCCACUGUAUAGAUAGACCAUAGUUUGUUUAAUCAUUCAUGUCUUGAUGGACGGUUAGGUUGUUUCCGCCUUUCGGCUGUUGUGAAUAGAGCUGCUAUGAACAUUUGCAUACAAGUUCCUGUUUGAACCACUGUUGUCAAUUUUCGGUAGAAACCUAUGAGUGGAAAUGUCAUCCUACUGUAAUUCUAUGUUUAGCUUAUUGGGGGAACUACCAGACCAGUGGGUGUGUAGUAGUAUCACAGUGUAACUAAGCAUCUUUUCAUGGGCUUGUUGGCCAUUUGUAUAUCUCCUUUGGAGAAAUCUAUAUUCCAGUCCUUUGCUCAUUUUUAAUUUGGGUUGUUUGUCUUUUUGUUACUGAAUUGUAAAAGUUCUUUAUAUAUUCUUCAUAGAAGACCCUUAUCAGCUAUGUGAUUGGUAAAUAUUUUCUCCCAUUCCGUGGCUGGUCUUUUCACUCUCUUGGUAAUGCCCUUUAAUACACAAAAACUCUUAAUUUUGUUGAAGUCCAAUUUACCUAUU